CAACCAGGUGAGGGGAGAUCCUUACUCAUCAGUGACCUUAAUUCAUCAAUCAAGUACAAGGGAAAACCCACAGACAAUCGUGGAUUGAGCUUGACACUUGCUGUAAACAGUCUAUGGACAAGGUAUGACAGCAAUCAAUCCGUUGCUUUUGUUUACCUGACCACUAUUUACAAAUGCUAACUUCUUAGCUUUUGUGACACAAAUCCAAUGCAAGUCAAUUGUCUUGAUAUUAGCAUUUUUUACUGGGGGGAGGGACGGCACAAGAGCCCUUGUUAAAAUGAAUCCAGGCAUGGACCAGCAGCAGUGUAUCAUUGAUACCCAACACAUCACGACACACACCAUGGGCAGAGGAGAUCUUGGCCGGGGGGAAGGGGAGAAGAAGCUGCGCUACAUGCUGAAGGACGGUAGCUGCCCCGUGGUGUUCCACCAGUCCCCGGGCCAGUGGAGCUUCUUCCUGGCCGACAUCUUCACCACACUGGUGGAGCUCCGCUGGAGGGUCAUGCUCCUCAUCUUCUGCCUCUCCUACAUCCUCUCCUGGCUCUUCUUCAGCGUCCUCUACUUCCUGAUUGCCUACGUCCACAAAGACCUGGAGGACCAGGACACGGCUCCGUGUGUGGCGAACGUCCGCAGUUUCACUUCCGCCUUCCUGUACUCCAUGUCGACCCAGGCGACUAUCGGCUACGGCUUCCGGGUGAUGACGGAGAACUGCAUGGUGGCCAUCGUGGUGGUGACUAUCCAGGCCCUGAUGAGUUGCUUCAUCGACACAGUCGUCAUCGGCAUCACCGUGGCCAAAAUGGCGUGCGCGAGCAAGAGGGCGCAGACAGUGGGCUUCAGCAGCUCCGCCGUGGUCAACGCGCGCAACGGCGCCCUGUGCCUUGUGUGGCGUAUCGCCGACUUCCGCAGGAACCACAUCCUGGAAGGCACCGCCCGGGCGCAGCUGGUCCGCCCCACGAAGCACCCCUCUGGGAUGAUCUCCGUGACCUACCAGGACCUAGACAUCCAGAGUAGACACCUCAUCCUGGCCACCCCGGCCAGCAUCGUUCACAAGCUGGAGCCUGGGAGCCCCCUCUACAGCCUGGGACCGGACAGCCUGGCGGAGGAGGACUUUGACCUGGUAGUGUCCUUCACCUACACCGGUGACUCCACAGGCAUCCUGCACCAGACACGCACGUCUUACACCCCGGCAGACAUCCGCUGGGGCCAGCGCUUCCAGGACAUGGUGCAGGUGGGGAGGAGGCACUACAAGGUAGACUAUGCCCUGUUUCAUCAGACCACCUGGGUGCAGACACCCAUGGUCAGCGCCCAGGAGGGUGACAGGGGGAGACCGCCGCCCACGGAGUCUAUCGUCCAAUCGCAGCAGCCGUUUGUGAGAUCGAGCAGGAAAUUCCGGAGGUCCUUGGCUGAUGUCAGUGAGGAGGUGGUUCAGGAGGCGUGGCUCUGAUGACGCUGUGAUAAUCCCAAAACAGCAGAGACAGAUAACUACACUGAUGUCAGUGAGGAGGUGGUUCAGGAGGCGUGGCUCUGAUGACGCUGUGAUAAUCCCAAAACAGCAGAGACUACAUUGUUACAUUAUCGUUAUAUAGUACAUUAUCACACAGGACUUCAGGAAAGGACUUGAGUAAGUGGAAUAGGGUAGUUUCAUUGUAAAUAACUAUUUUAUAUCAUAUUUUAUACUCCUUUGUUAUAUCCUUUAUGAAUGUAAUAAUUUAACUGUUAUUAAAUAAAUAAACAAAGCGUACGUUGUUGAAGUCACAUCUGACGUCCAAAAGGUCUGUCCUCAUUUGAACGUCUUUGUUGUGAUGGACAGACUGCACCACAUUUAAAAUAAAUAUACUUUUUUUCUGA